UUACCAUACCUCACCUCCCCCGACCGCCGACCUGGCGAGAUGAAUCCUCUCUCUCCACCACCUCUCCACGGCCUCGACAGAUUGCAGCUUUACUACAGCCUUGGAUCUCAACCUAGGACCGCUGAGAUACCGGCUGUUCUGUUUCCGUUGUGUCCGACAUUAUCUCUAUUCGCCAUCUAUCCCACUCAUCCCUUCGCACUCACCCCGCCCGCGACAAAAAAAACCGCCAUUCACAAGUGCUGCUAGCACGCGACAUGUUGUGAAGUCUCCGUAUUAUUAUUCUCAAUUCCCAUUUUCGCGUCGAGCCACCUCAAGUCGCACGUCGCCUUCUUUACGCCGGCGCCCACUCAAGCUUUACUGCGCCAGUGCGGGAGUUUCAACGUAGCCACAACAACAACAGUGUCCCCGCCGCACCAGGAGUAGGAAUUCACCAGGCUGGGAUUUUUGCGUGGGAAAACCUUGAUUAAGACGUACCUUAGUUGAUGAUCUGUGGUCCUCUAUCGCCUCUCUCAUCCUGCUGCAGCUCCAGCGUUGCGCCAAACUGUAGUCCAAGCGGGCAUUGUAGAAGACAUGAGUGUUUGAAUUCCUGAUUGCCAGGUACCAACUGAACCCGUCGCAUUCUCCCGUAGCCAACACAGCUGUGCCGCACGACUCUCGCGCAGCUCGUCAAUACUUAGGUAGUUUACACACAUUAGUUGUGCUCAACGCGUUAAACUUCAUUGUCUAUCACCAUGUCCGGCGAAGCAGAACCCCGGCGAUCGGUGCGUGCGACCAAGGGCCAGCAUACCAAAGCCUUCGAUCAACUUGAGAACGGACCAGAACCGAAACGACGCCAGACCAAGAAAAAUACUAAGAAGGCCGCAGAAAAGGAAGACAAGCACGAGGAGGACGAAGAGAUCAUCCGCUGUAUCUGCGGCGCAACUACACAGGAUGAUGACGACGCGAACGAGCCUUGGAUCGCCUGUGACAAGUGUGGUGCUUGGCAGCAUAAUGUUUGUGUUGGCAUGAGUGUAUUCACAGAAGACUUGACUAAGGAUUACUUCUGUGAACAAUGUGCCCCCCAAGAUCACAAAGAAACCUUGGAGGCUAUUGAGAGAGGGGAAAAGCCGUGGGAAGACCGACGACAAAAGUACGAAGAUGAGAAGAAGAAGAAGAAGGGUGGAAAGAAGGGCAAGGGGAAGCGUGCUAGUGAUCACAAGGAACGAGCAUCGCCCAGUGCCGCAAGCGCCAAACCAAAGCCAUCCCCGACGCCAGAUGUAAAAAAGGAGGAGCCUGCCCAAGAGCCUCCACAAAAAGGGAAGCGCAAAUCGCGAGACCAUUCUCAAGGCCCUGCUACGAAGCAAAGGAAGGUUGCAGAAGCUCAGUCCGCUCCGAUAUACCCCAGUUAUUCGCCUCCAAAGGAUCUCCUAGAGUCAAUCUCAAAAUUUGAGGGUACGAGGAAGCAGGCUGCAGUAGCUAUACAAAAAUCACUUGAUACUGCUAUCGACCAAGCCGAAAAGAAGAAACUAUUUACUCUUCCAGAUGGUAGCACGAAGAAGCCCUUCUCUGAGCGCUUAGCAAUUGAGAUUGAACGCGCAUUUCAUGAUACCCACCCAAACACUUCUCAGAAUGCUGCGCAGCUCAGAACUUUGAUGUUUAGCUUGAAGAAUAACAUCGAACUUGCAGUUCGAGUUUUGAACCGUAGCCUCCCACCUCCCUCAUUUGUGGUUAUGACUGGGGAGGAGUUGGCAACGAAGGAACUCCAACGUGAAAAUGCAGAGAUGAAAGCCCGGGCUGAUAAGCAAUCCAUUCUCAUCACUGAUGAUGCACCCCGUGUACGACGCACGCAUAAAGGGGAAGAAGUGGUAGAAGCAGAGAGCUUUUCGGCGCCCAUAGAGGAAGCUCCGUCGCAACUCCGACAACAGGGGAUCCGGGAGGCUGCUGAAGCGGUGGGUGCGGGCGCAGGUGCAGCUGCAGGCGUAGGUGCAGAUGUAAAUGCAAAGGCUGUCGCAGACGCGGGUGCGGCAGCAAGCACCAGUGCCGGUGCUAGCGUAGACACCCCGGGCGCCGAUGGCGAAAAGUCAACGUCGUCGCGUCGAACCUCAUCGGGGCCGUUGCGGAUCAACACGCAAACUUCACAAUCGCCCAAGCCGUCCGACUUCGAUCUCGGCAAGGUUUUCUCUAGUGUACGAUCUCCCUCUGCUCCGCAUCAGCGACGAUCUUCCACGCAGGUUCGCUCAGCCGGUCCCGGGGAUGACCCCGAUGUUGACCGACUACUUCAGGACGAUGGUACUGAGUCCCCUCCAUAUUCACCCACCGAGGAUAUUGAUCCGGACGUGAUCUGGCGUGGGCCUUUAACUAUGACCAGUGUAGCGGAUAUCACCACCAUCGCCAAGUUUGUUGGAGGCGCGGACCUCAGCAAAGUAAGGGGUAUUGCCUGGAAGGAUCUGAUACCGCCUCUGCUUAGUGUUUGUGGCCGGAUACCAGAAGAGAAGGCAAUACCGUACCUUUGUGGUCUGCGAUAUAAUAACCAGAUUGACUUGGUCAUCACUAGUCUCUCUCCAGCGCAACCCAACAAUGAGGCCGAUCGCAAGCAAUUCUUCUCUGUCGUAGACUAUUUCACGACCAAGAAGCGUUAUGGCGUAGUUGGCGAGCGCAAGCUUGGCAAUGUGCGGGAUACAUACCUCGUGCCCGUAUCCGAGGGUGACGGGCCGAUUCCAGAGCCGAUGCAAAAUAUAGGUGACCAUUUGAUCCCUCGAGUGCGAACAGAGCCCAUGCUACUUAUGAUCUUCGUUGUCCGAGACGAAAAACGAACCCCGAUACCAGCUGAUCAGUCACGAUCCGAUACACAGCAAACCCAAUCCAGCAGUAGCACUCCAUCCCAAGCAACGCCUGUGCCACCACCUAGGCAUCCAUCCAUGUCUGGUCCUGCCUGGUCCCCUGCCACGCCCCAGGCUCCAUCUGGCAACUCGAGUCUACCACCUCAGCAAUACAGUCAAACACCGAUACCACCGCCGAAAAUCCCGGGACAGCCGAUGCCUCCCGCUCCUCCCGUUCAACCACCACGCACUGCGCUACCCGCUCCAGCAACUCAAUCAAGUGCUCCUCCGCCUCCCGCUUUCAAUCAAGAUCCUAAUGUUAGUGCCAUGAGAGCAGCACAAGCGGAAGGCGAGAUGAAAGCCCGGCAGGUACUUGGUCCGCUUUUUGGUAGCUCCACUGUUACGUUCCUUCUGCCCCACGCUGCUAGGAUGAAGGAAGGCGAAUGGAACGCUGUUCGACGGUGUCUCGAGCGAGACCCCCGGUCUCGUGAUGACCUUCAACUCCUGAGCAAGCUCUUGACUGAAGAGGGCAAUGCCAGGAAGAACGCGUCUUCACCUCAAACCAACACUCCCUCACCUGGAGUUGUGCAGACAACACUUGCCGCUGCCGCCGUUCCUGGUCCAGAGGCUGCGCCGCAUCCCCAACUAAAAGGCUAGGGCUAAUGUAUUCAUGUAGCUGGUAUGUCCUAGUAAAUGAGGUGUCAUCUUGCACCGACUAUGUAUGAUAUUGCGGAAAGCGUUGGCUGGGAUUUUGGUGACGGGUUCAAAUGCCCGAGAUAUAUAUUAGUUGAAUCAAACCAUCGGACGUUGUAUUUAACGAUCCUAGCUACUAUUGUCCUGCCCAUCUUAUAAAGCAAUCCCGAGGCAUAUUUGCGGACAUUACGUUAUGCCGCAAGUUUUUUAUGUACUGCAUAUCUCGGCAUACGACCCAUCCAACUGUUAUAGGUGCGCAGAUAAUAUUUCAAUCAAGGCAUUUCACGACAUAUUUA